AUGGCCACAAACGGAGCACAUGCCAAUGGCACGCUGUUCACCCCCUCCAAAUAUCCCCCUUUCCCCAAAGACGUCCCUAGCGUAAAGCUUGAGACGUUCUCCCUCGCCCAGCUGGAGAAGGGCGACAGAGGACUCGAAGAUAAACUCUUUGAGACAUGCAAGGAGCGGGGCUUCUUCUACCUCGACCUCAACGGGAGCAAGGUCGAUUCCAUGGGGCAGGACUGUGACGACAUUGCCCGGCUAGCCGAGAAGGUUUUCAAGCUACCGGCCGAGGUGAAGGAGCAGUACGCAGUCACGGACAACAUCUUCGGCUUCAAGAAGGUGGGAGCCACAAAGACCGACGCAAAAGGCACCCCGGACACCGCGGGCUUCCUCAACAUCGCAAAGGACCGCAUCCUCGAAAACACAGACCGGUGGAAGUACCCGCAGCUCGUCCUAGACCACAAGCCCCUGCUCGCGCGCUACAUGCGCAACGCGCACGGCACCGGGCUGAAAGUCCUCUCCAUCCUCGCCGAGCGCCUGGGCCUGCCCGCAGACGGAUUUGAGAAGUACCACCGCCUGACGGAGGAGUCAGGCGACCACGUGCGCAUGACUCACGGCCCCCCGCGCAAGACGGCCGAGCUCCCCGAGAUCCAGACCCCCGGCCACACCGACUUUGGGACGAUCACCAUCCUGUUCAACUGGCUGGGCGGGCUGCAGGUGUGGUCGGACCCGUCGCGGGGUUACUUCGGCAACGUCGUCGACCCGGAGAGCACGGCCGGCCCGGGAGGUGGAGACGAGGGGGGCGAGGCGCCACGGUGGCUGUGGGUGCAGCCGCCGCCGCCGAACCACGCGAUUGUCAACCUGGGCGACGCCGCUGUCAAGUGGACGGGCGGGGUGUUGUGCUCGGGACGGCACCGCGUCGUGCCUGCGCCCGGUGAGCAGGGCAAGUUUGAUAGGUAUAGCGUUGUCUAUUUCGUCAGGCCCGAGGACAGCGCCGUCCUCAAGAGGCUGGAGGCGCCCGGGAUCCCGAAGCUCGAGCCAGGGGAGAAGGAGGAGGUGAUCACGGCCAAGGAGUGGAUUUUCAAGCAGGCGAGAGGACUGGGCCAGCAGCUUGCCACGAAUUGA